AUGAUGGCGAAUCGGCUACUACCGCUUACACGGGCGGGUGGGACGCUAAACUUUGUCCGGUUCUACGCCGCGGCAAAGCCCAAACCGCAGUCCAGGUUCCGUCGGCUCGUGGAAUAUACCCAGUCACGCUACUUCCAAGACAAGACCAUGCCCAAGAUAUACCUUUCCGCGAUUGUGGUGUCCUUUGUGCCGUUGUACUUUUACAUGCGCGACCGGUACCAUGAGGAUAAACAGCUUGCUCAUAUCAACAAGAAAUACGCGGAGGACCCCUCGUCGUUGAGUGAAUAUGAGUACUUGGCGCUCAAGUCGUUGAGUCAUGGAGACAAGUUGCGUCCAUUGGAGAGAAAAAAGUACAAGCUUUACCAAUUGAUGAGGAAGGAGUUUAGGAGGAAAAAUUUCUUUAAUGGUGAAAUGUUUAAUCCCUCUCCACAGGAGUUGGAAGACUGGUAUCUGAAACAGCACAGGUGGACGAAAAAAGCCGCGGCACCUGUGUUGGACAAGGCGAAGAUCGACGAGCGUGCUAACGAUGGUACCAGUGGGCUGUCGUUGGAGCUGGAGUUGGACUAUGCGCGUAAUGGAGACAACACGUCGGUGAUGCAAGCCGAGGAUACCACUGAUUUUUACGAUGCCAAGGCCAAGGAGUACGACGAUGCCGUGAAAUGGGAAGAAAGGGGCAUCUUGAUGGGCGGCAAGAGAAGAUGGUUGAUGUCACACAUCAAGGGCGAUGUCUUGGAAAUUGCGUGCGGUACUGGUCGAAAUAUCCCCUAUCUUUCGUCCUACAUCGACAAGGUCAAGUCGUACACGUUUCUCGACUCGUCGCAGAAUAUGGUGGAGAUAACCAAGGACAAGUUCCACAACGCGUUUCCGCAUUUUAAAAAAGUUGCCUUCACCAAGGGCAAAGCUGAAGAUCUUUUGGAGAUGGCGGGAGACGACCAGAGUCUCAAAUACGAUACUAUCAUUGAAGCAUUUGGACUUUGUUGUCAUGAAGACCCCGUGCGCGUGUUGCAGAACAUGGCAAGCUUGCUCAAGCCCGGUGGGAGGAUCAUCUUGUUGGAGCAUGGACGGUCAAAGUGGCAGUUUAUGAAUAACCACUUGGAUUUCAGAAGCAAGAAAAGAUGGGAGACUUGGAAGUGCAGAUGGAACUUGGACAUUGGUGAGUUGGUGGAUGAAGCGGGUUUGGAUAUCACGCAGGAGAAGCGAGCUCAUUUGAGCACCACUUGGAUGCUCGUGUUGAAGAGACCUGAGGAUCCCAAAAAUCAGGAUGAAAAGCCGUUUUUGGAUAAAUUGUUUGGAAGACGGAACGAGCCGAUCAAAAAAUGA